AUGGCUCAUAAACUCGUAUCUUCUUCCGACUCAGAGGACCCGUUUGAUGACGAUGAUGACAUUUUCAAUAACUCGGCAGAAAUCGCCAAGCUCGAUGCGGCUCUAGCCAAGAGCAAAGCCGAACGAGACGCUCAGACUUUCAAAGCUCCGCCGAUACCGAAAGGGGUUCUCAAAAAGCGUGAGAACCAGCAAACCCGAUCGACUUCAGAUUCGCGAGAUCCGCCAGCGAAAAAACGCAGAAUCAUCAAGUCCCGUCCAAAACCGCAUCCUAUCAGCGAAGAAGCACCGAUCCCUGUCAAAGAACUUGCGUGUACAAAAAAGAAGGCUGAAGAAAUCCGAUCGUGGCUGAUUUCUGCAUCAGUUGUAGGAAGCGGAAGCUCGACUCAGAAAGUAUUGCUCGUUUCUGGUCCAAAUGGUUGUGGAAAACUAACAGCUAUAAAAUCGGUCUGCCACGAAGAAAGAAUCGAUAUCCAAGAAUAUGUGUGUGCAGAAGAUUCAAGUACAGAGGAAGAAAACCUCUUCGACGUCUCCUACGCCGUCUUCCGUGACCCUUCAGCACGCGAUUUCAUGAGCUUUGUCUACCAAAGAACUCUCUUCCGCAGUGAAACUCGGAAACAACUGCUCGUCAUUAAAGAACUGCCCUAUUCGCUCGCAGAGAAUCCACUAGAAUUUGAGAAAAUUGCAAUAACGCUUCAAAAGGCCCACAUCCCUACAAUCAUAAUCACAAAUACGCCCCGGCUGUAUCCAAAUUUGCUCGUCACAUUCCGCCAUGUACAGUUUUUAAAAGUUGCCGCGACGGCUAUGAAAAAAGUCUUGGGAAAAUUCAAGAAUUUGAGCACUAAGGACAUAAAAGAAAUCGUCGAUGCAGCGGAUGGAGAUGUAAGACAGGCACUAAAUAUGGUCCAUUUUAACUCGAGACGCGUAGCAGGAACAAACAAGGUCACUUGUGAGCAGGGCGAUUCAAAGCUGCUCCUGUUUCGUGCGCUUGGCCGAAUCCUCUACUCAAAAAGAUUAGACACCCGGGAGCAGUCAAAGUUCAGAAAUUUCUCGCUCGAACCGAGUCUUCAGCGGCGCGAACUACAGUAUCCAGAGCCAGAAGCACAGUGCCUCAAUGCAGGAUUCAUGCCAAGUAGCUUCUCUGAGUUUUUGCAUGAGAAUCUGCCCAGAUAUAUUCCAGGGGAGAAUAUGGAGCAAUACAACCACUUUAUGGACGACUUUUCUUUCGCCGAUCAGUUUUCUAAAUUCAUGGGCUACGGUAACGAUCAUUUGAAAAACUACGAAGCUGCUGUGUCUUGCCGCAGUCUGAGUUUCUGGAACCCCAAUCCAGUCAAACCUUCUGGCUUCGGAACCGGAGCCCUGCAUAAACCAGCAGCGAUUGAUCACAGAAAAAAAGCGCUAGAAAAUCGAGCAAAGCUUUGCUCCCAUCGAUUAGUCAAUUUUGAUGGUUCCGUGGCGGAUAUAGCGGCGGAUUCGCUCCCUGGACUGGCGAAAAUCAAACCGCAAGCGCUGAAGACCAUGUUUUUGGAUGAUAUGGUUAGGUUUCCAAUCAGAGCAGGAGCAAACUACAAUAAGCUUCAUGAAAAUGAUGUUGUAAAUGCGGACGAUGAAAUGGAAGUUAACGUAACUCACGCAGAAAGAAUUCAAGCAGCAAAAGAAAAAGAAGAGCGCGAGAAAUACGAAUGCGACGUUCAAAUUGAUGAUACCGAUGACUGGAACUUCUAA